AGUUGUCUAUCAGAUGCCCUUGGUAAAGAUGGCAGCAUCAGCUUCUUUUCUAUACACCCAAUAACAGCUCACAACUCCUGCAAUGGGGAGGGGCUGCGCAUGCUCAGUUGGAGAAGCAGGAUGUAGGCACUGGCAGACAAUGGCAGAGGCACUGAGUCAGCGAAUUGUCCAGCUAACUGGUUUUAGGGCGACAGAGAGAGAAACACUGAUCCAACUACUGGGAAAACUUCCCUGUGUUUUUAUUAAUUCUGAGAAGUUUGAAAACUGUUCACACCUGAUUGCAAAAAGUCCAAGCAGAAGUGAGAAGUGGCUAGCGGCCUGUGCAGCAGGAAAGUGGGUACUGACUAAAGAGUACGUAAUUAACAGUGCAGAAAGCGGCAGAUGGCUGGAUGAGAUGACUUUCGAAUGGGGAUAUAAAAUGGAAAAAGACACCCAUUAUUCACCUCAGAUGCAAUCUGCACCGAAAAGAUGGCGCGAACACCUGACACACACUGGUGCUCUAGGGGCUUUCAGCAGAUGGAAAGUGACCCUUCUUAUUGAGGAAGCUGAUAAAGAAAGGGAGGCUAUUUUAAGGGUUCUUACAGCUGGACAGGCCACCCUAUACAAUCCACACCAACCAGAUGGGGAGAUAACACACGUGUUUACUAAUAACAAAAGCUUUUUGGAAGAUAAACAAGAAAGAGUCUAUAAUGCUCCAUAUCACUCUGUUCUGUAUAUUGGGACUUAUCUUUUAGAGGACCCAAUAAAUGACACACCAGAGGAUAUGUCAGAGGAACAGAUUAAAGAAUUAAAGAGUUCCAUAUGGAAACGUUUUUGUGUGGCACAGGCAUGUCACCACAGAUGUACAGAAAAGUAUAAUGGACCUUCUGAAAAACAUAAGUUGAAAGCUGAAAUGGGCCGAACAAGUUUGAACAGAAUUGAAGAACUCAUUGAAGGACAAUUCUGUACUGAAGCAUUUGAGGAGAUUGGACGCGUUAUUCAUUUUGUCUUUCCUCAGCGUUUUUUUGAGUCGCUUCUCAGGCACUUUAUGCAGGGGAAUGUAGACAUCAAAAACUUUGGUCAGUUUAUAGAUAUAUUUUCUAACCUUGUGCGUUAUCAUCCUCCUUGGGAAUCCACAUAUAUGGUACAGUACUACCUUAAUGUUCUUCAAUGUCCAGUUUGUAAGAAGGGGACAUGGUCCUUCAUCGAAACUCUUAUAAGGUGUUUUCUGGAGGACAGGUUCUGCUUAUGCCAUGACACAUCUGAUAUGGAAAUUGAUCAUCACAAAAGUAGGAGAAUUGUUGCAACAAUACUAAAAUUACUAUCAAUUGUGAUACAAGAAGAAGCAAAAGCACUGAGUAAAAAGCUAUGUCAACAGGUGGAUUUUUCUCGCAAAACUCUGUUUCCAUCCUUUAUUGUUGGGAUAUUUUGGCCUGAAACCAGAACAAUGGUCUUCUUAACCAAGAAUAUUAAUGCGUUGACAGAUCUUGUAGUAAUGUGUCAUAAGAAGAUGCAUCAUGUAGAUUAUGCAUUAUCCCAAGAGAUGAUGGCACACGUAAAUGGGCUGCUCACCGGCGUUGUGGAAUAUUGGAUCCUACUUGGUUUUUAUCUGAACAAAAACUUGCUGCAUCAAGUGGCAAGUGACUAUGUAUUCUACAUCUGUGUUUCAUGCGAAGAGUUUACAGUAGAAGAGAAAAAACAGUUUGUUUCUUCCAUUGCUUCUCCAUGGCUUCAGAUGUUGCUUGCAGAUGUGAUUUUUAAGAACCUUUACUCAGAAAGCAGCAUCAAAAUGUCAACUGAACCUUUAUCUUUGCAGAAACUGAUCUCUACAUACAUGCCAGCGUUAUGGAAGGAGGUAGCAUGUGGCAAUGAAAAAGUCCAGAAACUCGGAAGAAAAAGAAAAAUAGGGCAGCGGCCUUGCCUGGAGUCUCAAAGGGCUUUACUGAUGCUAAAUGGUGAAAAUCAAAACCAAGGCGAUAUGCUGCUUGAUCUGCCAGUUGUUGCAAAGUUAAGACGGAAAUCACUUGGGAGUUGUACCAAAGAUUCUCAAGUUAGUAGACAAUCAUCCAGCGUACAAGACAGAAAAGGAGAAACAGCCAUGCAUAAAGCUUGCAGAAACAACAAUGUCAAGAAGCUGCACCUACAGCUCUCCCUCGCUGGAUUUGACAUUAAUGCAAAAGACAAUGCAGGCUGGACGCCUUUACAUGAGGCUUGUAACCAUGGCAGCACAGAAUGUGUCCGUGAAAUUUUGCAGCGCUGCCCAGAAGUAGACUUGCUCAGUCAUGUGGAUGGUGUGACUCCCUUACAUGAUGCUCUACAAAACGGACACAUUGAAAUUGGCAAAAUGCUACUUCAACAUGGGGGACCAAUCCUUUUGCAGCAACAGGAUUCUGAUGGGAAGUUUCCGCUGGAUCAUGUCCUUUCUCCAAAGCAAAAAAAUGAACUUUUUGCAAUUGUCCAGGUGGAAGAAACAAUUGAGGAUUUUCACAAAUGUGCCGUUCAAAUAUCCGAUCAACAUAAACUAGAAUUUAGCGCAUUUCUCCUCUGCAAAAUGGUGGUUAAUUUGAUUUCUGUGUAUGGUUUGCCUUCAGAUACAGUUACUGCCAAAACGCUAUAUCCCAAUUCUGCUUUUUUAGUUAACAAUGUAAAAAAUAAACACACUACCUUCAGAAAUUCGGUAGUGGAAUCCUACCUGAAAGCUUUAGCCACAAUGCAAAAUCUGAGUAACUUUUUACAGUCUAUUCCAGAGUCUAUUCUUGAGAACCCUGGAUUUAAUAUGCAGGUUCUUCUCUCUGUCCUUCAUAAUUUGGCAUCUUCUUCACCAGUUCUUAAAAUAUUAAAAAGAAGCAGUUAUGAAGCGCCGCUCAGUAACAGCCAGCUUCGAAUGUCUUAAGGUAGCGCUAUGGGAAAAGCUGAUACUCUGCUAUGCCUCUUGCAGGGCCUGAGGGGUGGAGCAUGACUGUCUUUGGUGGUCUAUGAAUCCCUGUGUCACACAUUGACCCCCAAGGUCUUGCAUUAGUCAUAGCAGUGUAUCAAUUUUUCCUGAAAUGUUACUUUAAAAUAUCUGACCAGCACUAUUGUCUCAUAAACACUUCCACUUUUAGUAUACGUUGUUACUGACCAAACCAUAUUUUCAGUAUUUUAUAUUCUAUAUUUUAAUAUUGACACCCUUCUUGCACAUAUUAUACAUAAUGUACAAAAGAAUGGCUUUAUAGAGCAAGGAAUAUGUCUGCCUUUUCAGCUUUUAAAGAGGUUGGCAUUAAGCUUAAAGUGUGCCUGCCAUUUACAAAAAAAGUUUUAAAUAAUGUAGAUAAUAUAUUUGUAAUAUACAUUGGUUUAAAAAAUGUGUAUAUUUUUAGGUGAAAAUAAAAUGCUGUCUUGUCGCUGCAGAUAUUGCUUGUGUGUCUAUGUGCAGAGACAAAAUACAGGAAGUGUGGGCAGGACAAGCAGGACUCUGUGACACGCCCCAGGCUCACACAACAGGAUGAUUGACAAGCCAGAAGCCUGCACAGAGUCCUGAUUGUCCUUAAUGCACAGAGCCCUGCUUGUCCUGCCCACACUUCCUGUAUUUGGUCUCCUCACAGAGACACACAGGCAAUAGCUGCAGGGACAGCAUUUUUCACCCAAAAAUAUACACAUUUUUUUUUAUCCAAUGUAUAUUAAAAAAUAUACAUAUAAUGCUGGAGGUUUACACAAACCUGUGCAAAGGAAAAGUUACCCAGUUGCCCAUAGCAACCAAUCAGAUGGCCUUGUUAAAAAUGAAAGAAGUGAUCUGAUUGGUUGCUAUGGCCAAUUGGGCAACUUUUCCUCUGGACAGGUUUUGAUAAAUCUUCCCCAAUGAUCUUAUCUACAUAAUAUAAAAAGUUUUUGCAAAUGACAGGUACACUUUAAAUGUCUUAUGUUAAAAAAUAAAAAAAAAAUAAAAAAGUGACUACUAAAUAAACAAUUAUAAUAAAAAAAGUCAGUUCUACCAAGUUCUACAGCAAUAUUGUUAUGCAAAAAUGUCUCCCUGUAUACGUAAGCAUAUUUGCUGUUCAAGACAGCUUCUGGAGGAUUUGUCAUGAAACUCUUCAAGGAACAAAUAGAACAAAAAGUUUAACAAAAAAAAAAAAGAUCAUUUAUAUAAAUGUUUCUGGGAAAUAAUCUUUGUUAUGUGGGUUUCUAAACCCCAUUAGUUCAAUAAUUAUUAGAGUAUAAUAUUUACAUAUGUUGUGUCAUAAUGUGUUCAGAUUUUUAUAGAAAUUUUAUAUGUUUAAAGGGAAUCUAACAGCUGGGUCGCCCAUAUCAACCUGUUGGGUAAUAGUGCAGGUGGCACUGAUCAAAGUUUUUUUUUAAUUUUUUGCCUAGGUCGCGCCAUUUAGGUGAUUUGGACAAGUGACAGUGAUAACGCCUCUUCUGCUAGGGAAGGUUACGCAUAUUUAUAAGGGGGCGUUCUUAUUGGACCUGCCAGGUGGGAGUAGCAAAAUACUUCAGUGCGCUAAGCAUACUCAUUUGUAUGUCUUGUGUUGCCUAAACUGUGUGACAUAGGCGACAAAAUAAAAACACAGCUGUGAUUAGUGUCACACGCACUAUCCCCUAGUACCAGUAGGUUAGUAUGGGCGAACCUGCUGUCAGAUUCUCUUUAAAGGAUUUUUGUAAAUUAAGCAGAUUAUAUAGUAUUAGAGUAGAAUAAAUAAUAAUAUAGGUACCAUACAAUGUUGUAAACCUUGUGAACACUGAAGUUGACUGCAGUAUAUGUCUAUUGCCAAAUGAUCAAAAUUUCUGUUCUUGAAAAAUGUAAGCACACUAAAAGGAAACAAAACUACUAACAUAUCCAUCAACGGUCAAUGCGGGAAAAUUCUGUUUUGCUGCUGUGAAACACAAUCUUCCACCCCCACUCACUAAGUCAUUCUCACACGGGUUUAGGAAGUUGAGCUCUGCGCUGCUGCUUGUCGCCACCUUCAAUCUGCAAUGUCUCUUUUGGAGGUUAGUCAGCAAAAGAUUUAGUGACCUUGCAGAGCCACAGUCUCAUUAAAAUUUGGCUUUAGACUUUGACAAGUGUCCAAAAGGUAAAACGGAAUAUGUUGGCGAGAGUGUGUUUUCAUAUUCAUUGGCAAGCUAUUGUUUUAGUACAGUGAUAAAGAGAAUGUAAAAGCUUUCAGAGUGUUUUCAUGCCUCCUAUAGAAAUUUAGAGGCUUUGGGUACCUUGGGGGCGUUUUUAUUUUUUUUAUUUUAUUUUUUUAAAUGCAUGUAUUUUGGAAUAAAAAUAAAUAGAUUUAAUCAUACUCAAGCUUAUUUGAUAGAUUGAAAGAAUAUUUAGCUAUCAAUUGGGGUCUUUAACAGAGAUCCUGUAGAAGCCAAACAAUUUAAUAAAUAAAAAGAAUACUAUAAAAAAAUUUUUUAUCCUAAAAUACAUUCAUUUUGUAACAAAUCCAAAAAAGUCACCCCAAAGGCGUCCAUAGCCUUUAAUAUCUAGUGUAGUCAAUACACAAUAUAGCAUUAUUUAUAUUUUAGAACUUUCUAAUUAGUUUACUGUUCAGAAGCAUGUAUAUGCUAUUAGGAGUUAAGAAAGAAACAGCAGCGUUUUCUUGACACACUUUAACCAUUCAUAAAUGUAUAUUUUGUGUUGCUUUACAUCAUCGCUCUUGGACAGCUUUUCGUAUUUCCAGACUGCAGUGAUUCAUAAAAAUCUGUUGCUCUUGCCUAGUGACAGCACCCAAUUAAUGCUAGUAAAACACAUUUGGGUUUCAUAUCCUGAAAGUCUUAGUAUGUUCUGUAAUACUGCACCAAAUAUUCUUUCACAACAGAAGCCCACUCAAGCAUCUGUGCACCAGAAUGUCUGAGAGGACGGCUGAAUUGUUUUUGAUGAGCAGAACGUCUGACACAGAUUCUUUCUGAGUAAAGAGUUUUCUGUGAAAGACUGUGAAAGGAGUCAUCCGAAUGUCAUAAUACUCGGCAUCUGCCUGCAUGUGCUAACUCAUCCAGGAUUCCCUGGAAAUCACAUCAUAGACCAACACAUGAGGUAACUCUGUGGUCUCACUAUGUGAUCACAGGCUGCACAAAGAUGGCCCCCAAAUUAACACAAUUCCUCUUUUAUUGUUGAUAUAAAAUACUAAGAUCUUAUAUAGCAUGGUGUUCUCGAACACCCCCCCCCCCCCCCCCCCCCUUACCCCGAUGCACACAAAAUCUUGUGUGGGAUUGUUUGUGUACUCUUUUUUUAUUUUUAUUUUUUAUGAACCAGGGUGAUGCAAAUGUAAGUCUUAAAUAAGCUCCCAGUCCCAAGUGCUCUCUGCUUCUUUUUGCUUCUAAUGACAUGCAAAAAAUACCCGCUCGGUAAAUCACUGACCUGAGAUUGAUUAAGCAGACAAUUUCAGAAGACAGCACGUUUCACAUGUCAACAGAAGCAGGAAAAAAACAGAGUGUGGGGACUGGGAGCCAUCAGAACUGCAGCAGCAGGGGGAUCAGAACAGGCAAGUAUUCCUUGUUUUGUUUUGUUUUUAAACACCUGGGGGGAUUUCUCAAAAUAAAAACAACAAAGACCUUUAUCCCUGGACAACCCCUUUAACCUACAGCAGCUACAGUCAGAACACAAUACAUGUCAAAAUUUUACGCCUGUUCUUUAGGAGUUGAUGGUCUAUGCUGAUGAGUUAGGUUAUCGAGGCAACCAUAUGAUAGCCAGCGAGUUCUGUGCACAAGUCCAUUUCUAAUUAAGAGGACUUAUAACUUACUGGACAUCAUACAAUUGCUUCAUUAACCAGACCACGAGUGUAGAUCUGGGUCUCUCCGUGCCUGAUCUGAAGAACUGGUGGAUCUUAGCUUUACAGGUACACUUUAAGUUGCAUAGAUCUUAAACUAAAUAGUUUUAGAUAAGACUGUCCAACACCUGCCUGGUGUUAAUAUUCUGUAUGACUGUAACAUUAUUUCUUUUAAUAAUUUUUUUUGCCACCUUAUAUUUUAAUCACAAGCUCAUCUUGUAUUUUCACUAGUGCACAGGCAGUGCACAGAAAACAAAUACAGUCUAAUUGAAAAGGCUUUCUUCUAUUACUCACUAAUUCUGUGUCCUGGAGAGAGUAGUCUGUAGGUGCUUCAUUGCAUGGAUUAAAGAAAAAUGUUUAUGCUUCCAUGGAAACACCUUUACUGAGUAUUGUUUUUGCUUGUUUUUAUCAAUUCAGAUUUACAGGAUCCAUGCACUGCUCCUUUCACUCCAGCAAAAUAUUAAGCCUUCGAAAAGUUGUCCAAAAAUUGCUGCUCAUCAUUCCUAACAUGCCAGAUGUGUUUCAGUAUUGCUCUUUGUUUAUUUUCAUGUUGAUGCUAUUGUCUGCUAGGAUAAGAUGGAAGGUAAUCGUACGUUAUGUCAUUGACUGUGCUACAGAAAACAGUGUUAAUGACGUUCCCUUGAAUGUUCCAAAAAGUAUUACCAAAGUAUUAAAAUUAUUAGGCUUCUUUAAAGUGUCCCUGUCAUUUAGAAAAUCAUUUAACAUAUCACAGAGACAUGUUAAAGUUUUGAUCAGUUGGGGUCUUAGUGCCAAGAGCCUCACUGAUCAGGAGAUCAAGGAUCAUGGAGGAAGGAGAGGCUUGCAGUGAUCUCCGUCCAUCUCCUUCUUAUCUGGACGGCCCCAUAGACCUAUUUUAAAGCCACAGGAUGGAGAUCUAUGGGAGUGAAACGUGCUAAUGCAUGCUUCUCCCUGCUCAUUGUUUUGAUUGUUGAGGGUGUCAGCAUUAAGACCCCGACUGAUAAAAAGUUUUGAUAUGUCUCUGUGACAUGUGAAUUUUUUUUUUCUAAAAGACAUGAACACUUAAAUUGUCAAUAGCUUUGUAAUAUAUUUGAUUAUUAAAUGUUCUUUUAAUGUUUAAAUGUUUUGUACAGUUAUUAAAAACUUUAUUCUACCA